GGAUAUUACAUGCAUGACUGAAACAUGGCUUGGUGAUGUUAUUAGCGACCAAAUGAUUGACAUUGAAGGAUACAGCUUACUGCGGGUCGAUCGUGAUCGACAUGGAGGAGGGUUAUGUGUUUAUUAUAAAAACAAUUUGUCAUUGAAAGUUAUUAAAUCGUCCUCGCCAUAUAACUCAACGAAUAAUGCAACAAUAACGGAGUACAUGUUGAUAGAGGUGAAAAGUGGUUCAGAGCCUUUUCUAUUGGCUUUGUACUAUAAUCCUCCUGAUAACGAUUGUUCUGAGAUUUUAAGUGGGCAUCUUGAAGAAUUUACCGUAAAAUACCACCACACAUUCUUUAUUGGUGAUUUUAAUACUGAUCUCUUAAAAUAUAACUAUAGAUCAAAUCGUUUUCGUGAUAAACUGUCUUCUAUGUCGUGCACAUGUCUUAAUAACGAGCCAACGUACUUUUAUCCCAGUGGCUGUUCUUUACUAGACCUAUUCAUAACUGAUUCUCCUGAAAUUGUGUUUAAUUUAAACCAAGUCUCAAUGCCAUUUGCAUCCAAACAUGAUCUAAUUUUUGCUUCUUUACGCUUCAGCAAGACUAACGAAACGCCCAUCACAUAUAGGGACUAUAAAAAUUACAAUGCGAGGCGUUUACAUGAUGGAUUUCAUAGUUUUGAUUGGACUCCAUUCUUUGGAAUUACUGAUAGUGAUAUUCUACUGGAUAUUUUAAAUAAUCGUCUGAAAUUUUUACAUGAUGAGUUCAUACCACUACGGAAGCAAAAACUCAAAAGUAAUCCAUGGUUCAACCGGGCCAUCGAAGUUGCUAUUGUUGAUAGAGAUAUUGCAUAUUCUAACUGGAAGCGUACUAGAAAUUCUUCUGAUGAAUUGCAUUUUAAAAGAUUGAGAAAUAGAGUAAACAUAUUAAUACGUGAUGCCAAGCGGCAGCAUGAUUCUAAUAAUUUUAAUGUAAGAUUGUCCAGUAGGCAAUUAUGGUCUAAUGUAAAAAAGCUAGGUGGAUGAAAUUAAUGAUUUCUUCACCGCAAAUUUUACAGUUGACAAUACAUCGACACCGUCAAUGAUACAUGUUUCGGAAGGGUUUAGGUUUCGUUCGGUGAACGAUACCGAAAUAAUUAGAGCUUUAUAUUCAAUAAAAUCAAAUGCUGUAGGCCUAGAUGGAAUUCCAAUUAUCUUCAUCAAAAUCAUGUCACAUUUUAUACUACCAUAUAUCAAACAUUUGUUCAAUACUAUUAUAUCUAGUUCCAAAUUUCCGAGAGGUUGGAAAGCAGUGAAAAUUAUCCCAA